GUGUAAGCUGGGGUGCUUCCCAGGCCUGGAGGGUCCCUCCGGCAGGCCCACGGUGCCCCUGUUUUGCAUCAGGACCCCCCCCCUCGGAUGCUCUGAGCCACCCUCCUCAACCCGGAUCUAAAACCCGGGACACAGCUAUCAGGCCAGCCUCUCUCUCCACCCCACCCCCUCUUUCUGGCGUCCAUCCCCUCCCCAACUCCACCUCUGCUGCUGCCUCUGGCUGUGGACCUGCACCUCUUCCCCAUCCCCGACAGGCCUGGGGAUCGAGACCAGCCCGGCUGUAUCCACGGCAACAGAAGCAGGAAUGUCACUGGCUGCCAGCUCACGGAGGGUCCCACAAUGUGGCCUGGGCUGUGAUUUAUCCUGAGUGAGACAGCUUGAGCCCCCUCCCUCGAUUCCAAGACAGCCCUGCUGAGAGAGCCAAGGUGCAGCCCAGCAGGACAACUGAUGGAGUCCCCCGGGGCCCAUCGAGCACCGGACUGGCUGACCCCAUAGGGUUGGGAGCAGCCCCUGCCCCUCAGUAUGGCCAACACCACUGGAGAGCCCGAGGAGGUGAGCGGCGCACUGUCUCCACCAUCAGCAUCGGCUUACGUGAAGCUGGUGCUGCUGGGACUGAUCAUGUGCGUGAGCCUGGCGGGCAAUGCCAUCUUGUCCCUGCUGGUGCUCAAGGAGCGUGCCCUGCACAAGGCUCCUUACUACUUUCUGUUGGACCUGUGCCUGGCUGAUGGCAUACGCUCUGCCGUCUGCUUCCCCUUUGUGCUGGCUUCUGUGCGCCACGGCUCCUCAUGGACCUUCAGUGCGCUCAGCUGCAAGAUUGUGGCCUUUAUGGCUGUGCUCUUUUGCUUCCAUGCGGCCUUCAUGCUGUUCUGCAUCAGCGUCACACGCUACAUGGCCAUCGCCCACCACCGCUUCUACGCCAAGCGCAUGACACUCUGGACAUGCACAGCUGUCAUCUGCAUGGCCUGGACCCUGUCUGUGGCCAUGGCCUUCCCACCUGUCUUCGACGUGGGCACCUACAAGUUCAUCCGUGAGGAGGACCAGUGCAUCUUUGAGCAUCGCUACUUCAAGGCCAAUGACACGCUGGGCUUCAUGCUUAUGUUGGCUGUGCUCAUGGCAGCCACACAUGCUGUCUAUGGCAAGCUGCUCCUCUUCGAGUAUCGUCACCGCAAGAUGAAGCCCGUGCAGAUGGUGCCAGCCAUCAGCCAGAACUGGACAUUCCAUGGUCCUGGGGCCACCGGCCAGGCUGCUGCCAACUGGAUCGCUGGCUUUGGCCGUGGGCCCAUGCCACCAACCCUGCUGGGUAUCCGGCAGAAUGGGCAUGCAGCCAGCCGGCGGCUGCUGGGCAUGGACGAGGUCAAGGGUGAAAAGCAGCUGGGCCGUAUGUUCUACGCAAUCACACUGCUCUUCCUGCUACUCUGGUCACCCUACAUUGUGGCCUGCUACUGGCGAGUGUUUGUGAAAGCCUGUGCCGUGCCCCACCGUUACCUGGCCACCGCUGUUUGGAUGAGCUUCGCCCAGGCUGCCGUCAACCCGAUCGUCUGCUUCCUGCUCAACAAGGACCUCAAGAAGUGCCUGAGGACUCAUGCCCCCUGCUGGGGCACAGGAGAUGCCCCGGCGCCUAGAGAACCCUACUGUGUCAUGUGAAGCAGGCUGGUAGGCAGACAGGCAAGGAGAAAGUCAGGGCCACCAUGAUGGGGCCAACAGAAGGGGAGAGGUGGGGCUCCAUAACAGGAGCCUUUCUUUCUGAGCUCCAGCCCCAGCCCCUCGAACCACCUGGAAUCUAGGUACCUUUGUCAGCACCUCCCCAGGGUUGGGGACUGGGUGGGGGACUAGGAAAGAGGCAUUUCUAGUUCUGUGGGGCCCGUCUCCGCCACCUCCUUCUCCACUUCUACAAUCUCUCUCUCUCUCUCUCUCUCUCUCUCUCUCUCUCUCUCUCUCUCUCUCACACACACACACACACACACACACACACACACACAGAAGUGACAAUUCAGAAAAAAAAACUGAAAAUGCAGGUUUUUCUACUCACAGCUGAGGAGACAGGCUUUCUUGCUUUAAUGUCUCUCCUCUGACAUUGUCCAGAAGGGGGAAAUUUGUCCUGUAAAAUAGACUUCCAGAGUCCUUAUUGUCCCCUCUGCUCCCACGUACCCUCCCCUUCCAAGUCCUUUAGCAAGGCCUGGAUGUUUAGAGAGAAAUUGAUCUGCUGACAAGAGGGACCGAAGGGGCUGCUGGGUUCCCAGGGAGCAAGGAAUGUUUAAUUGCUAUGUUGUGUGCAAUGUUGUUUUAGGCUAACCCUGGUCCCACGCCCGGUCUUUUCUCCAUCCCCACCAUGUCCAGACCUCCCAAGUGUUUCUUGAGCAUCUGUUUGAGAAGCCAGGAGGGGAGGGAGAAGGGCUUCUGGGAUGGGCCCAGGUUAGGUGAAGAGCAGGAUGUGAGUACAAGCCUUGAGCUGAAGAGACCCCAGCUUGGCUGCAUUCUCUCAAGCUGCCAACUGGAUCCCCGUGCCCCAACUCUUCUUCUUGAGGAUGGAAAUCCACUCCAACCCCACCGGGGUUGAUGUGGGUGCCAUACAGGCAGGAGCAGCCCCCCACCCCAUGGAAGUGUAGGGAGAAAGUCAAACUCUCCAGAAUGGCUGGAUCCCAAAGGCUGGGGUCAGAGUGGAAUUCAACCCCAGAAUUGUCUCCUGAGUUCAUGAUACUCUCCUGAAGAUGAAAAUUCUUUGAGGGACUUGGUAAGUCAUAGUGGUAUAAACUCCAGGGCACUGUGGACUUGAGUCCAUUCCUCUCUGACCUCUUUUUGUCCCCCUCAAGCCUCAGGAGCCUCAAGCCCCUCUGUGGUAACCCUUGGCCUUCUGGGCCCUCAGCCCCCAACUUCCUUGCACUGAACAGCCCUUCCCCUCUUCCUCCCUCCACCAUUACUUCCACCCCAAGUGGAGCAGACUGCAGCCAGAAUCCCCAGGUGGGAGAUCCCAAGCCUCCUUCCCAGGGCAGAGUCCACUCUGGGCUCCCAUCAAGUCUCAUGGACUGGUGAGCCAAACUGGCAUUCUUUGCCUGGUCUUGCCCAAGUUCUCUGUCCCCCUCUCAUCUCCUGGGAGAGCAGGAGAUCUGUAUUUAUCCACCUCCUUUCCCUUCCCUACAGAAGCCCUUGUCCUACACUCCCUCCCUACUCCAAGACAGCUCCAGAACUGGGCAAACCUUGACCCAAGAGGGAUGGAGAAGGCACUCUAGGCAGGAGAGACACUAAUGAGCCUGGCUAUGGAGUGGCCUUGGAAAGGCAGGCCAGAGUGGCUGAGAGGCUGGGGGUGGGGGGUACCUGUUCUCUCAGUGAUAGUGAUGGCGGUGCC